AUGACCCGAAGCUGCGGACCCUCCAGCCCUGCCCUCGCCCUGGUGCUGCUGGCUGUGCUGCUGGGUGGUGUAGCCCGGGCCGCGGAGAUAGUGGGCGGGCGGGAAGCCCAGCCCCACUCGCGCCCCUACAUGGCGUCGCUGCAGCUGUUGCCCGGCAGACACUUCUGCGGGGGGACCUUGAUCCACCCGCGCUUCGUGCUGACCGCAGCCCACUGCCUGAGCAACUUGAACCCGUUGCGGGUGCGCGUGGUGCUCGGGGCCCACAGCCUGCAGACCUCCGAGCCCACCAAGCAGAGGUUCCGCAUCAGCCGCCUGUUUGAGAACAGCUACGACCCAAAGGAGAAGCUGAAUGACGUCCUCCUCCUGCAGCUGGACCGCCCGGCCACCCUCAACGCCCAGGUUGCGGUGGCCCAGCUCCCCCAGCAGAACCAGCUGCUGCCCCACGGCACCCAGUGCCUGGCCAUGGGCUGGGGCCGCCUGGGCACCUUUGAGCCGCUGCCCCAGGUCCUGCAGGAGCUCAACGUCACCGUGGUCACUUUCCUGUGCCGGCCACAGAACGUGUGCACCUUUGUGCCCCGACGCAGCGCUGGCAUCUGUUUUGGGGACUCGGGCGGCCCCUUGAUCUGCGACGGUGUCAUCCAGGGCGUGGACUCCUUUGUGAUCCGGGGAUGCGCCACCCGCCAGUACCCCGACUUCUUUGCUCGCGUCUCCCUCUACGUAGACUGGAUCCGCUCGGUGCUGAGCAACGCGGGGGGCGAGGACGGCCCCUGA